GCAGGCGGCGGCGGCGGCAGCGGCUGCGGCAGCUCCGGGAGCCGGAGGGACGGGGCCGGGCGGCCGGCGGCCGCCGCGCUCGCCUGACCUGCGUCCCCCCCUGGCCGAGCCGGGCUGCCCCGAAGGAUGUCCGCCCAGUCCAAGGGGACCGCAUCCUCCUCCUCGUCGCCGUCCGAGGGGCCGCCGGCAGCCUCCAAAGCCAAGGUGAAGGAGCAGAUCAAGAUCAUCGUGGAGGAUUUGGAAUUAGUCCUGGGGGACCUGAAAGACGUGGCCAAGGAACUUAAGGAGGUGGUUGACCAGAUUGACACACUGACGUCUGACCUGCAGCUGGAGGAUGAGAUGACAGACAGUUCCAAAACGGACACACUCAACAGCAGCUCCAGCAGCACAACAGCUUCCAGCUUGGAGAAGGUCAAGUUGCGGGGCAGCGCACCGCUCAUCAAGCCGCCCGCGCACCCCUCCGCUAUCCUCACUGUGCUGCGGAAGCCGAAUCCACCCCCGCCUCCACCGCGACUGACGCCUGUCAAGUGCGACGAGCCUCCGAGGCUGCCUCCUUCAGCCAACCCUGUCAAGACUAAUGGUACCCUGCUGCGAAAUGGGGGCUUGCCUGUUGGGCCCAACCGCAUCCCAAAUGGAGAUACAUGCUGUAUACCGAACAGUAAUUUGGAGAAAGCUGCGAUGCAGCCUUUGAUGCACAGAUCUGAGAAAGAGCGGUGUCCUCAGCCAGGAGCAAGGGAACGAGUACGAUUUAGUGAAAAAGUGCAGUACCACGGCUAUUGCCCCGACUGUGAUGUUCGGUAUAACAUUAAAAACAAGGAGGUGCACUUGCACAGUGAGCCUGCCCGUGUUGUGGGAAAGCUGCCGCACCAGUGCCCACCUCUGCCGCCUCUACCACCUCCGCUGCCUCCAUUUCCUCUGGAAAAUGGAGGGUUGGGGAUAAGUCCCAGUAAUAGCUUUCCUCCUCCAAGACCUGCGACUGUGCCUCCACAAACUGCACCAAAACCCCAGAAGACCAUCUUGAGGAAAUCAACCACUACAACGGUGUGAUGUAUGCCACUCGAAACAACUGUUUGUUUUUUCCUAUAUAUAAACAUAAAUAGGUAAUGAGCACUUUCUACUUGAGCAAUAAAAAGACCCAAUGUAGUACUCCCUGUAUCCAGUGAAGUGGCAUAAAAAUCACAUGGUUUGAACUUGUCACGGUGGUAUACAGGCGAGUUAUGCCAGUGUUCAAUGCAGAAGUACAGAAAAUGAAAGACUGUUCCAAGUAGUUUAUAAUUUGUUAUAAUCCGAGGUCAAUUCUGAUCACAUUCACACUUUGGAGUAUGUCUACUAAAACUGUUUGCUGUUCUUCCAUGUGGGAAACAACUUUUAGAGCCUGAAUUGAAUUGCUGAGGCAGAAGAAGCUUUAAACAAGGGAAAAGCUGAAACAGAACAGUAUAUAUGAGCACCUUCAGGCUUGAACGAAUAUCUAUAUCUGGAGGCACGUCAGAUAAUUUCUUGCAUAUCAGAUUCGUCAUUGUGACUUCUUGCAGACCAGAUCUGAGAAGUAACCAGGAACCUGACCCUCCAUGGAGAAUGGAAAAGCCCUUCAAGUCAGAGCACAACGGAUCACGAGUGUAAUCUGCAUUGAAUCAUCCUUCUCAGAUCUGACAGCUACAAGCUGAGUCCUGGCAAAAGCCACAGCCUUAAAUCCCGUUUAGUGGGAAAGAAGAAUAGAGAGGACUAAAUGUCUUGCCCCGUUGCAGAAACUGCUCUCUCCAAGCCUGACAUCUGAGUUCUGUGCUGAGCAACCGGAGUAACAAACAAUGAGUUUUGCAUGGGUCCAGCCAGCAUCCCAAAAUAUUUCCAUAUGUAGCCAAAAGGAAAAAUGAAGCAUUUAGGUGAUAGCAGAAAAUGAAUGCAUUUACUGUAAGAGAGGAAUGUUACUGUUUGUGGGGAAAGAAGACCUCUGUCAUCCCUUGUACAUAUUCAAAGCCAUACAGGAACAGGGCAUCGGUGAUGUUAAAUUGCUUAAAAGGAUGCUCUCUCCUGUCCUCCACCCAACUUUGAAGAAGUUCAGCUGUUAGAGAUUGCAUCUCAAUGCACUUCUAGUAUUUGCACUGUCACUUCCAUUCAGGGUAAUGAUGUGCGCCACCAUUUGCACAGAUGGCCCCAGGAGAUUUUUGACCACAACAAGCUAUAUUUUGAUGGGGCUCCAAAAGGAAUUUAAAAGUUAGAACUGAAGAAAAACAUUUGUGCUCUCUUUCACUAUGGGGAUCUCUUCAUAGAAAGGACUAGGGUCCUUUCUUAGGUUUAAAUAAAUACAUACAUAUACAUAUAUAUGUAUAUAUAUGAAAAGCAUCAACAUGAUAAGUGUAUUUAAAAAGGGGAUAUAAUCUUUUUUAAUACCAUCCAUUUUUUAUCAUAUUAGCAGCCAAGAAUUUUAGUCUAUUGAAUUAUACAUCCAAAAUGCUCCUAUUGAACAUUGACAUUAUAGUCCCAGUUACUGUUAAAGAAGUAAUUUGUAAUAUGUAUUUGACAUAAAAUUUUUCUAGCCAUUUGUCUAAACUUCAUCGAGAAAUCUAACAGACAAGCAGCAUUCUCAGUUUAUUUUUCUAAAUAAAUCUGUUGUUUAUAUUAUUUGCAGUCACUCAUUUUGGCUGGUUUUCGUUAUCUCCAAAAAUGAUUUAAAGACAGAACCAAAACACAGGAAUUGUUUGUUUGUUUUAAGCUGUAAUGAUUUGCUGACCAAAAGCUUUAAUAUAAAUACUGUAAUUUGUAAAAUGAAGUAUAUUUAUACAGGCAAAUAAGUAUGGAAAACCAGAGGAGGUAUUUUAACUCUUGAUUUCAGAACAUAGUUUAUUUUAAUAUCCACAUGAAGAAAUCUAAAUAUAUAAUGGGAUAGAUUUUUUAUUAUCAGUGAGUUUUAGCAAGUGAAGAUUUCGAUGUUUAAUAAUGAAAGGAAUGUAGCCUAAUAAUGGUGGUUUCCCAAAUUAUAAAGACCUUUUGUCAGCUCUCUCAUUUUAUUCAAAAACUGGUUUAGUUUUUUGGGGUUUGGUUUUUUUUGGUGUGCAUGUGUGUUAGGGCUUUUUGUUUGGUUUUUUUUGUUUGUUUUAGCAUACUGACAAGGCCAUGAAGUUGAUACUAUUUGAUCACAAACAAUUUGAGAAGCUACAGAAUAAGAGCUUGUUCCUUAGAACAAUCUACAGUUUACAGUUAAAACCAGUCGUUGUUAUCCAUCUACUGCAGUGUUUUGUUAUCAAGUUAUUGAACAUUUCAACGCUAGAGCUGUUUUGAAUAAAAUUUUUUUUUCCUUUUUUCUUAGUCCAUUAGCCUGUGUGUAAUUUUAAGAGAAAAGUAAAGCAUGUGAUUCCCAGUUCAUUUAAAACAUUCAUCUUAAAUCCAGUCAUAUGUAUAUGAUUUAUAAUGCUGAAUAGGUUUUUCUUUAUUUUCAUUGAUUUAUGGAACCUAUUAAGUGCUCACUAACAGAAAAAUGAUCUUUCAACAACAAAAAAAUGGAAAAUUCAAGCCUUUUUUAAUCUGUGGGCUAACUUUGUAAAGGGCAGAUAUCUUAAAAAUGUGUUGCUCUGCUCUAAUGUACUAAUUAGUGUAUGCGUGUGUGUUUGUGUGUGUGUGUGCACGCAUGCGCACCCUUACCUGCUGAUGAAUGAAAUGCCAGCUCUGCUGAAGUAAGUGCCACAAGUCCUGUUACUGCAAAAGAUGCUCAUGUUAUUGUAUUUUUUGGAGAAAGACCUGAGCUCUGUCUUUGCUUGUGACUCUGAAGCCAUAAAUAGCUUUUACAGUUUGUCAGGAAAUCACAAAAAUGAAAUAAUUAAGUGAAUGUUAGCUUCCCUCAUAUGACAAAACUUGGGAUCAUCUCAUGGUUUGACUCUUUUAAAGAAAGUUAGUGGUCAAGUUCCAUUGGUGCAAUGGAUAAAUGAAACCUUUGUAUCUGUUAAAGAAUGAUGGCUGUGUUUUGUUCCCACACAUUUUAGCUUAUGGUUGGCUUACAGUCUUUUAAUUGUGAUUUCAUUUUUUUGUCAUUGGUCUAACAUACUUGAACACACAACUUGCAUGGGCUUGGUUUUGCUCCCUCUUUGGAUAACCUGUAUUUUAAAAUUGGAGAGCUUACUCUUUUGAGAUGAAUAUUCAGAGUUGCUUAAAGAAGGGACGACAUUAUUGAAACAAUAAGAAAAUUUCAGAAUGAUAAUUUGAUCACUUCCAUUAUUAUCUAAUAAUAAUAUUAGGAAAAGCUCUUAUUUUUGUGAACAGAGUGCAUUCAUCUAUAUUUGAAAAUAGCCCAAUAAAAAUCUAGUGAAAUAA